AUGAGCGCACUAAUCCCCGGCCUUGCCCUUCGACUCUCGCAGGCGUUAUGUGACCACCCGUGGCGGCACGGCCAUCGGUACGGUGUUGCUGCCCAGCAGGGGCUCUUAGAGACGCUUUUCCGAUCCCUCACCAACGACCGACCGGACUACUUGCUCGACCUCUUUCCACACGGCUUUCCUGCCUCAUACAAGCUGCAAGACGCGCAAGGAGUUCAAGAGAAUGCUGAAUACACUGCAGCCGCCCGCGGUCAUCCAUGUGGACAUAUCUUCAAGCCUGGAGAGGCCAACUACCACUGCAGUACGUGCACCGAUGACAACACCGCAGUGCUCUGCGCUCGGUGCUUUGUUGCGAGCGACCACGAGGGUCAUCAGUACACUAUCAACGUCAGUGCAGGGAACAGUGGCUGUUGCGACUGCGGAGACGACGAGGCCUGGAAGAGACCUGUCAAGUGUGCCAUUCAUACAGCCAGUGAUGACUGGGCCACCACGGACGAGCAUGUUUCCCCCUUACCAACCGAUUUACAAGAGUCCAUCCGCACAACCAUCAGCAAGGCUCUCGAUUACUUUUGCGACGUCAUAUCAUGCUCGCCCGAAAACCUACGGUUGCCAAAGACGGUGGAGUCGGUGGCUCAAGAUGAAUCGCGAAGUCGGCUCUCUGCAGAGCACUACGUGUCAGGAGAUGAGAUGGAGACGAACCCCGAAUAUUGCUUGAUCAUCUGGAACGACGAGAAGCACACAGUCCGCGAGGUGCAAUCGCAAGUGGCAAGAGCAUGUCGAGAGCGUGAAGCAUUUGGUCUGCGUAAAGCUGAAGAGGCUAAUGACCUCGGAAGAAGUAUCAUCAGGUAUUCGCGCGACCUCAAGGAACUUACUCGCAUGGCCAAGAUUAUCGAGGAGAUCAAGAUCACCGUCACAAUUCGAUCCUCGAGGGACACGUUUCGGGAACAGAUGUGCGGUACCAUCAUUGAAUGGCUGGCCGAUAUUGCUAGCUGCAGUAUUGCGGGUGACAGUCAUAUCUUGCGUCGUAUCGUGUGCGAGGAGAUGCUCCAGAUCUGGCAGAUUGGGAGUGAGGCCUGGAACGCCAAAGUGGGAAGAGAAGACCUAGAUGAUCACGGCGAUGAAGAUGACCGGGAGUAUCGCAGGAUGUCAAGACUCAGGCACUUUGAUCCUAUCCACUUCGCAAUGCAAAGAGCAUUACAGGUGGAGAUCCUGGACGACGAGGGAGCCAGUGAUGACAAUGAUCCCGGAGAAGAUGACGACGAUGAUGACGAUGACGACGACGACGAUAUCGGCGAUGCAGAUGCAGACCGCGAAACGAAUGAUUUCAUCCUUAGAGCCACCGUUUUCGAGGAGGCAGACCCUGAACUCGCAGUUCCAGAACAGACUCACGAUCCUGAUGUUACAGACGACGCGGAAGAGAUGGACACGGACGGAGAUGCGGACUUUUUGGACGUUGUAGAGCGGAUGGACACGGACGGACCGUCGCCUCCACCGCCACCGGUGCCUCAAGACAUCGGGGAUCCUGGAAACACGGUGGCUAUCGGUGCUGAUGCCUCUCCAGCUGGUCCUGACAGCAACCUCAACUACCUCAAUAUCCCAAGGACGCCCGCCGCCGGUGUUCGCACGACCCGCCGUGAAUCUACACCGCCAAAUCACUGGAGGUUGUCCCCGCCGCAGUCUGCGCAGAACACAGCUCUUCCCAUUUACGAAGACCUCACCAAGAAUAUACGCGUAGACUCAAUGAUCCUUUUCGACCUUCGGUUGUGGAAACUUGCACGGACGGGCCUUCGAGAUCUAUUCAUCAGCACGCUGGUCAAUAUCCCCCAAUUCAAGCGAAUCCUGGGGUUGAGAUUCUCCGGCUUGUACACAACGCUUGCGCAGCUCUAUCUGGUGGCGGAUCGGGAACCAGACCAUUCCAUCAUCAACUUGUCGCUGCAGCUUCUGACCACGCCGUCAAUCACUGAGGAGGUGAUAGAGCGGGGGAACUUCCUGACGAACCUGAUGGCUAUUCUCUACACAUUUUUGACUACCAGGCAGGUCGGGUUGCCCAAAGAUCUCGAUCCUGGAGCUACUCUAGGCUUUGAUGCGGGUUCUGUUGCCAACCGGCGGCUGUAUCACUUCUUCUCUGACCUCCGAUACUUCCUGGCAUCCCCGUACGUGCAGGCCAAAGCCCGCAACGAGCCACAGUAUUUGUUUCAGUUUCUCGACCUUGCAAAAUUAUCGCAAGGUAUCUGUCCGAACGUGAGAGCGGUCGGUGAACAUGUCGAGUAUGAAACCGAUGCAUGGAUUAGCGCGUCGUUAUUGACUCGCGACAUCAACAAAUUAUGCCGACAGUUCGCCGAGGCGUAUCAUCUGUCCAAGCAAAGCAGCCCUUCGGCGUUACGUGCGACUUGGGAUGCAAUAUCUCACGCUGCAGGGAUAGCUAUCAUCAACUCUGUUGGGCUUGAGAGGCGGCGAUUCGAUCAAGCAGAAAUAAAAGAGCCUGUUCGUUUCCAUAUUGUGGCACCAUUCGGUUUCAGUGUUGUUGAAUUCGUGGUCCAGAAAGGCCCUCUGAGCUUCCAUCAUCCGCUUCAUUACACGCUGUCCUGGUUGCUAGAGGGAGGGAAAGAUUUCAACCAGUCCAUAACGGCGCUUCGAGAAGCCGCGCAGACAUUCUUGUCCCAUCUCCACGACUCACCACUAGCACCCCGUGAUAGCACGAUCAAAGCUGCGCUCAAUUCGGUCGACGAUGCACUUCUCGCAAUGUUUGACUUCCCACUCAGGGUUUGCGCUUGGCUGGCGCAGAUGAGGGCCAAUCUUUGGGUACGGAAUGGGAUGAGUCUCCGCCAUCAGAUGGUGCAGUACAAGAGCGUAGCGCAUCGGGACGUCGGGCACCAUCGAGACCUGUUCCUGCUCCAGACGGCCCUCGUGGCCUGCGAUCCCAGCCGGGUGCUGGUUUCUAUGGUCGAUCGUUUUGGUCUUUCAGCCUGGAUGUACAAUGGUUUUGUCUCUCUCGAGAUCUGUGACGACAAUCAGAUGCUGGACCUUGCCGAGGAUUUCGUGUACCUUCUGAUCAAUCUGCUUUCGGACCGAGAUGCCCUAAUCACGGACAAAGACAAUCCGGGAUCGCAAUUGCUGACGCUGCGGAAGGACAUAGCCCACACUCUGUGCUUCAAGCCGCUGUCGUACUCAGACCUGUAUUCUCGCCUGACAGAGCGUGCGCAAGAUUACGACCACCUGCAAGCUGUGCUUGAGCAGAUGACCAAAUAUAGGCCGCCUGAAGGACUCCACGACUCCGGGUUAUUUGAGCUCAAGGAAGAGUAUCUGCAAGAAUUGGAUCCGUACAACUCGCACUUUAGCAAAAACCAAAGAGACGAGGCGGAAAAUAUCUACAAGAACUGGAUGAGCAAGAAGUUGAACAAACCGCCAGAUGACAUUGUAAUGGAGCCUAAGCUGCAUCCCAUCCCAUGCGAGGCCUACGUCAAUCUUUGUGCGGUUGUCAACACCACUGUGUUCGCCGACGUCAUCCAUAAAACGUUGCUCUACGUUGCGUACGGUCACAAGCAGAAACAGGGAGUUUCAGCAACGCGAGUGGAGGCAUUCCUCCAGAUUCUCCUGCAGCUGGCGCUCAUAGCCACAUUCGAGGAUCAGGCAGAAACCAGCGUCGAUAGUCCAUCCUUCAUUCGUCACGCCAUCACCCUUCAGCUGGAGUCUUACGAUGGCCCGCCUUCGACCAUCAUUGCACUUCUAUGCAAGAUUUGGCUGAUGGAAGAAUUCAGUUCGUGCCGCAGCAAAAUUAGACACAUGCUACGACUUUUCAACCAGAAGCUGCCGCAUCAAUUCACUGCUGCUACUCAGCAUCUGGAUUUCCCAUCGGGCCGAUUCGACACUGCGUCUCCAGCUAAUUUCGAGAGCGAAUUGGAAGCCAAAAAGAAACAGGCAAUGGAGCGAAAAGCAAGAGUCAUGGCUCAGUUCCAGCAGCAACAACAGAGCUUCAUGGACAAACAGGGCGUAAUCGACUGGGGGGAUGACGACCUUGACUCCGCCGAGGACGAACUACCGAGAUCAACCGAGACCCGCCACUGGAAGUAUCCGUCUGGACUAUGCAUACAAUGCCGUGAGGACACAUCGGAUUCCAGGUUGUAUGGCACGUUCGCUAUGGUUAGCGAUGCCCAUAUCCUCCGAGAGACGCCAACGGACGAUGACGAUUUUGUCGGUGAGCUCUUUGCGGUUCCGGAAAAUCUUGAUCGCUCGAUUGAGAACAUCCGGCCCUUUGGGGUGUCGGGGUCCAACCACGAACAAGUGAAGCGGAUGACGUCUGAAGGGAAUGAGGUGAAAGUCGAUUUUCAAGGCCUGGGAAAAGGGUGGCCCAAGGGCCGCACCAUGAAAGGUCCGGUUUCUACGAGCUGUGGGCAUAUCAUGCAUUUCAGCUGUUUCGAGAACUAUUAUCAGUCCAUUACACGGAGACACCUACAGCAGGUUGCCAGAAACCAUCCUGAAAGAAUAUCCCUGAAAGAAUUUGUCUGCCCGCUUUGCAAAGCCCUUGCGAACAGCUUUCUGCCGAUCAUCUGGAGACACUCAGAGCAAUCUUAUCCGGGGUCGCUUGAUGUUUCGAAGGAGUUUGACUUCUUCCUGGACAUCGACGUACCUUCGGCCGAUUCGACAACCGCAAGCCAAGACGUCUCCUUCGAGGCCCAAGCGUCGGAGGUGCACUCACAGACCCUGGCCACAUUCUCUAACAGCUCCUUGACCCCUGCCAUAGCUAGUUGGCAAGCAGGUGAUCUCUCCAUCAGCCCCACAAGUCAAGCCUGGGCGGAGCGACCGGAACUGGCAUCUUUUGCUGAACUCGCCAGCAUCUAUGGGCGUCUUCGAGAGACACUCGCGAUUGUCUCUAGGACCAGUCAGGGCUCGAUACCUCGAGAAGAUUGGAACGUCAAUCAUUUUCAGCUCCUUGUCAACACCUUGAUAAACACAAUAGCUGCUGUCGAGAUCGGGCAUAGAGGCCGCGAAGCAGAAUAUGGCACCUCUCUGCUAACAAGUAUACCUCAGCAAACCCUCAGCCAUCUGCAGAUCACGUCGUCGACCUUGAGAGCGUAUGCAGCUACGGGUGCCUUCACUGUUCGUGGCUCGGUCGAGAGUCAGUACAGAGAGCUUUGCGACCAGGUUGAGCGCCAAUUAGCCGGACAGACAGGGAAUAUUGCGUCGUCGACGAGUUCUGCAACAGUACCCCCUUUGCUCUCCGUGGACCCGUUCCAGUUUCUGGUUCAGGCUACAAUGGUAUUGAGCCCGAUCCGGCGUCUUGAGCCUCGCCACCUCUUACAGUUAGCUCUAACUAUAGAGCUACUACGAGUCACCCUGGCGUUCCUGUUCGACUCGGAAGCUUUUAUGACGGCUAGCGAAAAGCUGACGGGAGGACAUAUCCGGCAUGCGACGGCCCUGAAUCCAGACCCAGAGCAGCUUCGCGGCGUUGAAAGCAUGGUCUCCUGGAUUAACCUUCAAGUCCAGGUGAUUGACGAGAAGGAGCGUGUUCGGAAAUUCCUGCAUGCUAUGUCCCCAACCACAGCAGGGGCAUUAUUCAAGCUAUGCAAGGUGUAUGGUCUGGCUUUCCUGCGAAAGGCCGCCAUAUUCUUUCAUGUUGCGCACGGUGUCGAUUUUCCCACUACUGCUGGAACGGAAGCCGGCUUGUCAGAGCUCGAGCGGCUUUGUCACCUCUUACAGCUUCCUGGCAUUAGCGACAUCCUCAACAGCUUUGGCGAAUACUCGACAUCUAGCGUUCUGAAAGAUCGGGCAACGAUCUGGGUGUUAGACUGUAUCCGAUUCCAGGUAAGAAACGCAUCGACGCUGACGCAGUUCGAGUCCUCCCCGCGACCCCUAGGGGUCAAGCUUCUCCACCCAGCACCAUUUGAGCUGAUUGGGCUUCCCCGAUACUUUGACGUCUUGAUGGAAGAAUCCCAGCGGCGAAAAUGUCCAACCACUGGGAAAGACGUAUCGGACCCCGCGCUUUGUCUAUUCUGCGGCGAAAUAUUCUGCUCCCAGACGGUCUGCUGCCUGACGGAAGACAUGCGAGGGGGAUGCAAUGCCCACGUGGAGAAGUGUUCGAGCCCGAUCGGCAUGUUCCUGUUUAUCCGUAAAUGUCACGUGGCGCUGCUACAUGUCGCGAAAGACCCAAAGACGGGUAGCAACGAUCGCGAUGAACUUCGACGGCUUCAGCUGGCACCGAGCGCUUCCAUUCUGAGUCAUGGAUCUUUCUUCUCAGCGCCGUACUUGACGAAGCAUGGCGAGACUGAUUCGGGGCUGAGGUCCAAGCACCAGCUGAUCUUGAACCAGAAGAGGUACGACAAACUCUUGAGAGACACUUGGCUAAUGACCAAUGGCAGCGUCUGGAGCACGAUAGCUCGGAAGCUGGAGAGCGAGGUCAACGCUGGUGGCUGGGAGACUUUGUGA